AGUGUCGCUUAUACCUGAAUGCAACAAUAUCAACACAAGAAGAUGAGCUAUUGGAAGCCACGUAGCUAGCUGAUGCUUCACAUGCUAACAGCUGUACAUCACUCAAUAUGUUUGGCGCUGUUUAUCCUAAUCUGCUGCGUCGACAACACACCUGCCACAUCCUGCUUUGUGUACACCAGUAACUCCUGCCUAAGUAAACAAACAUCAGAGGACCAGUAGUAUUCAAGUACUUGUUGUUUACCUCGUUUGUCCCAAACUUUCCUGCUGUCUUCAUCCUAACCGAAGAACGGGUGUUCUGUAUAAGUGGUGCCCAUCUCACAUACGCACACACUCUCCCACCUACGCUAGCAUCAUUUAAAAAGCAUAACCUUUUCCUGCACCCACGCAUAAUCACAGCCAUCAUGGCCAGGAUGCUGUCCAACUUUGGCAAAACCCUGCUGCGCCGCCGUGCGCUAGACUUCUCCAGUGAAGAGACACAGUUCGCCCGCUGCUUAUCCACCCUGGACCUCAUCGCCUUGGGGGUGGGCUCCACGCUGGGCGCUGGCGUCUACGUCCUCGCAGGCGAGGUCGCUAGAGAGAAGGCGGGACCGGCCAUUGUCUUGUGUUUCCUCAUCGCCGCCCUGUCCUCCAUGAUGGCUGGCCUGUGCUACGCCGAGUUUGGCGCCCGUGUCCCCAAAACGGGCUCCGCAUACCUCUACAGCUACGUGACAGUGGGAGAAAUAUGGGCCUUCAUAACAGGGUGGAACCUCAUCCUCUCUUAUGUCAUUGGUACGGCCAGUGUGGCCAGGGCUUGGAGCUCGACCUUUGACAACCUGGUCGAACAAAAAAUAUCCGGCUUCUUUAAAGCAUCCAUGGAAAUGAAAGUACCUGGAAAAGUGCUAGCGGAGUAUCCGGAUCUAUUUGCCCUAAUCCUGGUCCUGCUGCUAACCGGUCUCUUGGCCUUCGGCGUGAGUGAGUCGGCGCUGGUGAACAAAAUCUUCACAGGAAUCAAUCUGGUGGUCCUGGGCUUCGUCAUCAUAUCCGGCUUCGUCAAGGGAGACGUUAACAACUGGAGCCUCGAGAAAGACGACUACAUUAACUACAGGAACGGCACUAAUGUCACCCAAAAGGAACUGAUGGAAAAGUUUGGUGAAGGUGGUUUUGCCCCGUUUGGCCUCGGUGGAAUCUUAUCUGGCGCUGCCACCUGCUUCUAUGCCUUUGUGGGCUUUGACUGUAUUGCUACAACAAGCGAAGAAGCCAAGAACCCCAUGCGGUCCAUCCCCAUCGGCAUCGUGGCCUCGCUGUUCAUCUGUUUUUUUGCCUACUUUGGCGUGUCAGCAGCCCUGACCAUGAUGAUGCCGUAUUACCAGCUGAACACUGACAGCCCUCUGCCCGAGGCCUUCAGCUAUGUUGGCUGGGCGCCAGCCAGAUACAUCGUGGCCGUGGGUUCUCUCUGCGCGUUGUCCACCAGCUUACUGGGCUCCAUGUUCCCCAUGCCUCGGGUUAUUUACGCCAUGGCCGAGGACGGGCUGCUGUUCCGGGUUCUGUCCAGGAUAAAUGCUCGCACAAAGACCCCCAUCUUGGCUACCAUAGUUUCUGGAAUCAUUGCAGCGCUGAUGGCAUUCCUGUUUGAUCUGGCGGCCCUGGUUGACCUCAUGUCCAUAGGAACGCUGCUGGCAUACUCAUUAGUGGCUAUUUGUGUCUUAAUUCUCAGGUAUCAGCCAGGCAAUCUGAAUUCGUCCAGUCAGACGGAGAAGCUGGUGGAGCUGGUGGAAGGUGAGAAGGUGGCUGUGAGCGGCGGGGACAGCGGGGACGAGUAUGGCAUGGAGAUGGAAGACAGACCCCUCCAGGAGACAUUCACUGCCAAGCUGCUCUUCUGUCCAAGUGGAAAAAUCCCAACUAAGACCUCUGGGAUGAUAGUCUACGUUACCACAGCUGUUAUUUCUGUUCUCAUCACCAUUCUGUGCAUCAUCCUGGCAAACGGUUUGGACCAGCUGCUCGUCGGACAUGCAGCCGUUAUAGUGCCCUGUAUCAUAUUGGCUCUGCUCUGUGUCGUCUGCGUUAUCAUCAUAUGGAGGCAGCCACAGAGCAAAGAGGCUCUGACCUUCAAGGUCCCGCUGCUUCCAUGGUUGCCCCUGUUCAGCGUUUUUGUCAACAUCUACCUCAUGAUGCAGCUGGACAUUAGUACAUGGUGCCGCUUCUCUGUCUGGAUGAUUAUCGGCUUUGCCAUCUACUUCAUUUACGGUAUUAAAAACAGCAGUGAAGCUAACAACAAGUCGCCCUCAGGCAAAUACGAGCCGGCGCUGCAGAACAAAAGCCCGAUUUACAAGGGCGGUCCUGAUGAGAGCGACAUGGAGGCCGGCAGCAGCCCCUGAUGCGGUCUGACGGAGACCCGGGACUCGUUUCUGAGCACCUGCACCCAUUCCUGAUCAUUUACAGUGCAGGCGGGUCGGAACUAGGCAUGGGCCGGUAUGAAAUUAUGACUGUAUGAUGGCCUUGGGUUUUGCGGAAUCACAGUAUUACAGAGCAAAGAGGCUCGAAAAUGUGUUAUUUUGCAUUUUCUUUAUCAUGCUUUGACGUGAAUGCAUACGCGAUUUCCUUCUUAAAUGUUUGCUGAAUUGUGGGCUGAUCUUCACUCUUUGACAUGACCUGUUGCUGCCAGAGGCUCUGCUUUUUCUAAAAAAAACAAAAAAAACAACCAAUUAGGGCAGAUGUGAAUUUAACUGCAAUUUCAAAUUAGUCUAUCACCGUAAUUUCUGUAGUCAUAGUCAACUUUAUUUGUCUUUGGAAGCUGCGUAAACUUGCAGAGCUAGUAACUAUGCAGCAGCAGAUGACCGGUGUGAUUUGACCCACCGGUCGCUGACCAGACAACACAAAAAUAAAUGCUUAUACUGCAGGCACAGUAUGACGCAAAAUUUUCGUGGUUUUAAAACUGACUUUUUAUAUCACGGUAUACAUUGAAACUGGCAACCGGCCCAUGCCUACUCAGAACGUUACUCCGGGUUUAAAGGGAGGGAAGAGGCAAGAAAAACGCAACACACGUCUUACCUCUGACUUGGAGGCUGAUCAACUACUUGACAACUAGAUGCUGUGACGAAGUUGAUUUCCAGCUCGUCUGAGUUUUAACCCGGUUGUAUUUAGCCUUAGCCCACAGCAAGCAUUUACCUGCCUGAAUCACAUGCUUUCAAUGGACCUGACCUACACGGGGUCAGGUUGUCUUUUAUUCCGUUACGUGAAGCUGCAAAUCGGAAAAAUGUUACUUUUUGUUUUUAUUUUUUGUGUGUUGUUAAUGUCCUGAGGUGCACCUAUUGAGCCACUAGUGAGUCCCAGGGUAAAUCCCAGUCAAUGACCAUUUGAGCCAUUAAGUUCACCAUCAUAAGAUCAUUCAGUGAGUCCAGCAACAAAGUGGCAAAGGACAGUAAUCCCUCUCUUAUAAAUGUAGUGCAGUAGAGGAAGUUACCUGUGUGUUUACUCGUUGUGUGUGAGAGGCUGUGAGGUUUACAGUGUCAGUUUUUACUGGUAGGUCAGUAGCAUCUGGUCAGUGCUGAUGUUUAUGUUCAAUAUUGUGCAGCUGAAGUCCUAACUGGGAACAAUAUAACCCCACUGCAUCCUAAAACUCCCUGAAAACUGCUGCAGACUACAAUAUUUAUAUGGUAUAACUAGGCAUGAGCCGAGUUAAAAUACCAUGGUUUCUUGCUAUCAACUCCAAAAUUUAAAUCAAGAAUGUAAAACACGAAUUAAUGAAUAUUACUUGAACUGAUGGUAUCUAUAGCAUUAUUACUAUCUUAUGUUGGUAUAACAGAAGAAGUAAAGCUGUAGAACAAACCUAUACUAAAUUUAACAGUAUAUUUCAAUUUAGGAUUUAUUAUCACAAUAUUUCAUUUAGUAUUCAUUGCGAUAAAAAAGCAUUUCCAACUAGGUCUGUCACAAUAACAAAUUUUGCUGGACGAUAUGUUGUCCCAGAAGUUAUAGCGAUAAAUGACAAUAUUGUUGUUUUGUCACUAUUUUCAAGUAUUGUUAUGACAAUGGAAGAACGCAUUCUCAAAGAUUAAUACACCUUAAAUUCUAAGGAAACAAAACAACAGAAAUGACAAAUAAAAUUAGGAAAUCUCUUUAACAAAAUUGUCCUUCAAAAAGUAGUUGAGACCAAAACACCAGACUGAAGAAUUUUGUCAUCCAGUUUUUGAUAGAGAGAAAUGAUUAAACAUUGAGCUUGUUUUAAUUUAUCAUACAAUUAAUUGAUUUAUUGCUCAUUGUGACAGGCCUAUUUCCAAAUUCUUCAGUCUGUCACUGUCUACAGUCACAUACUGCUCUAAAAACAUAACCAUCUAAAUCCUGGGGCAUGUGAAAACCUCUCCAAACAUCUCUGCGCAUACAUAGAAGAAAUAAAACAUUUCUCGUUUCAUUUUAUUUUUUUUUGUCUGGUGCUUGUGUGCCCAUGCCCCUUUUCUAUAGGCGCCCUGGGUAACCACCCAUACGAUCAUAUCUAAAGUAGAACGAGCAUAACAGAAAAUGUUUGCACUUUUCAAACUGCAAAUUUUUAAAACCUUUUUAUCAACAGCCAGCCCAUGUCUACAUAUGACAUCAUUCAAUAGUUUUUUAAUUUAUUUGAUCACAAUAUUAACAUGUUACCAUUCAAUUUUGUGGCCUUUAAUUUCAACUUCAGUGACUCUAAAAUGUACAAAAACACAUAAAUCUGUGUGGUUGUACUUUCAUGUCAUCCUGCUGUAUGGAUUUUAAAAUUAUUCAAUUGAUGUUAGGAUUUUGCUAACAUACCAAUUUAUCUGCCUUUUGUUUUGUUUUUUGUUCACACAUUUGUACAGACCCGACGAGGUUGAUGGGAUUUUGGGGGUUGGGCAUUUUCAUCAGAAAUCCAAUGAACUGUGAUGUACGUCCAAAAUAAGCCAGGGUUCAUGUCAAGUUUUACCACUAAAAUGUAAUUUGUAAUGUAAUUUACUUCUUUGUAAAAAAAAAAACAAAAAACCAUCUAUUCUCCACUAAAACUCUUGAUUACUUUCAGCUAUAUAACUUGAAAUUUAAAAUCUUUUUCAGAUAAAUUACCAUCACUUGUAUUUUAGUUUUAUAAUCUUAUUUACUUCUAAUUUGUUAGAAAAUGUUAAUAUUUAUGUGUUUAUUGAUUGUUUGGGAAAGCAUUACUGUUUUUCUGCCUUUAUGUAUUCAUUUUAACUUGCUUUUUAGAUGUACAGCUUAAUGUUGAUUUUUUUUUUUUUUGUCACAUCAUAUAUUCCGUUUCUAAUUUUUUUCGACCAAACCUAAUAUUUUUUUUACUCUGCUUUCCAAAAACUACCAACCACAACGAGCUGGUAUUUAAAUUAUUCUAACUAUUUUUGCCCCAAGUCUUUUUCAGUCUGAUUGAUAACUUAUUUUUAAAAGUUUUUUUUGUGUGUUGUUGUCAUAGUACAAGUGCUUUACUGUAGAGUGUACAGUAUUUGUUUAAAUAUCUUUGUAUAUUGCUGUAAAUUAUGCAGAUAUACUUUCUUUGACUUAUGAAAUUACAUGUAAACUUGAUGAGACGGUUUUUAUAGAUUACACUUGAAGGAAUUACUGCUGCUGAAGCCCAAAUUAUUAAACUAUUUGAGAUACAAAAUGCUCCCAUGGAAGCUGGAUAAAACUUUGAAACAUAUCUUGAAAGCUGUUAUUGGUAAAAGCUAGAAUUAAUUGUCUUUUUUUUACAGAUGGCGCAUAAGAAUCAUUUGUGAAGUCGAAUGUGAAAUUUGCUCUUCAACCUCUUGAUCUGAACUUUAUGUUCUCCACGCUUAUUCUCCACCAAAAUGUUCAGUGACGGAGUUUUGACUUACUCAGCUCGUCACAACCCGUCCUGGUGCCUUUUUGAGAAAUCAGUCCAAUUAUUCCCCCGUAGUGCUGUAUCAUUAAGAGCAACAAUUGACUUCCGUUUUGUAUUCUGUACAUAUGCUUCAUUGUGUAAAAUGAGCUGCGUUUUAAUUUUCUCUUUUUUUUAAUAAAAGUGAUUUAUCCACUUGGAA